AUGACCGAACAAGCUAUUAAGGUUUUAAAGUCCAAGCGCGGAAUCGCCAAGAGGGCGUUGACUAGUUACGAUACCUUUCUCCGUCGGUUUGAUCCAUCAAAAGACUUUCCUGCUCUGGAAAAACGUUACAAGGAAAUAGAGGCAACUCGGGAAGCCUUCGAGUCUCAUCAAUCGCAGUUAGAAUCACUUAUGGAUGAAAGCGAAGAGCUUUCAAAUUAUCGAACUGAAUUCGAAGAACUAUAUUUCGAAGCAUACACAGUCGCCAUGAAUCUUUUGUCUAAACAAAUAACAAAUGAGUCGCAAUCAUCGACUUCUUCCGCGCACGGGUCUACCAUCUUAUCGCCAUCUCCGUUUCCAAUUCCGAAUCUCGCAGCUGUAGAAGGUGGGGAUAAUCUUCAAACAACGCCAUCAGCACCUCUUAUUAAUUUAACAACCUCACCAUCCGUACUUCCUCAAACAACAUCAACGACGCCUCUCAUGAAUCAACCUAUCUCACAAUCCGCGUCUCAUCAACCAAAUCAAUCGGGCUCACAUUGGAAUCCAAGCCUUCCGGCCAUCUCAUUGCCUACUUUUCGAGGAUCUGUCGAUAAGUGGUUGGAGUUCUAUGAUUUAUUCAAUACACUAGUACAUGAGGAUAACAGCAUACCGCCUAUUUGCAAAUUAUUUUAUUUGAAAGGCUGUCUAGCCGGUGAAGCCGCCGGUGUUAUAUCAUCUAUCGAGUUAUCUGCUCAAAAUUAUCUAACUGCGUGGAACUUACUAAAAGAACGUUAUGACGAUAGAAAAUUCAUUCGGGACAGUUACGUCAAAUCAUUAAUAGAUAUCCCUUGUAUUUCAAGGGAAUUCUCGACGCGUUCGUUUCUUGAUCAAAUUCAGAAAAAUGUUAGAUCUUUCCAGGCCUUAGGAGAACCCGUCGAGCAUUGGAACGCGUUAUUAAUCGUAUUGCUCCGCGAUAAAUUCAAUAAUUUUCUUCGCGAGAGAUGGAAAGACUAUAGUAAUGACUUGCGCAACCCAACAUUAAAUCAAAUGAUCUCAUUCUUAAACCGAAGAGCUCAGCUCGAGAGCUCAAAACCCCAGGUCGCUACUCCUAAAGGACAAAACUCUCAAGACAAGCCCAAGUCUUUUAAUUCUCAGUCUAAUUCGCGAUCUCAGCAUGCAUACAUUGCCACUACCUCUCGUAAUCAGUGCCUCCAUUGCGAAGGUAAUCAUUACCUCAGUAUGUGCACCAAAUUUCUGGCAAUGAAUCCCUCUCAGCGAUACGAGACUUCAAAGAAGGGAGGAUGGUGCAUCAAUUGCCUACGCAAGGGGCAUCGCGCGGCUCAAUGCACUUCUGGAAAUUGUUGUAAUUGCAGCCAGAGACAUCACACUCUCUUACACUUCGAUAAGCCGAACGUCGGCAACUAUAACGUCACGGACACUGCUUUAUCCCCAUCGCCUGGUAGUCCUAGCAUCAAUCUUCACGCACACGUAUCCUCCGAGGCAGUGCUGGCUACCGCGCUAGUAGACCUCAUAAAUAGUCAGGGAAAAACGAAAACUUGUCGGGUAUUUUUAGACGCUGGGUCUCAAGCCCACUUCAUCACAGAAAGUGCUGCUCAAUUUUUAAAUUUGGAGCUCAAGUCUGUAAACAUUGCAGUUUCUGGACUGGAUGAUUCAUGUACCACCAUCAAACAUUCGACCACUGCGGUAAUUAAAUCUCGUCACAACAAAUAUCAAAAAACCGUAGAAUUUCUGGUCAUACCCCGAAUCAAUACAACAAUGCCUUCCAUUCCUAUCAAUCCUGCGCUUCUGGAAAUUCCGAAGAAUAUUCCUUUAGCUGAUCCAGAAUUCUCCAGGCCAUCUACGGUCGAUGCUCUCAUUGGUGUCAAAUUAUUCUAUAAGCUUCUUAGCGUUGGUCAAAUUGCUCUAAAAAAUCAUCCCAAUGCAGUUCUUCAAAAAACGCAGCUGGGAUGGAUAGUUGCAGGUGAGAUCGACAAUCAAUCCACGGCGCAAAAUAUAGUGUGCCAUCUAAGCAUCCGUGCGUCCUCAUCGGAUCUCGAUCUCUCUCGGUUUUGGGAACUAGAAGAAGUUCCAUCCAACAGGGUCUUUUCUCCUGAAGAGAGCGCCUGUGAGGAACAUUAUAAACUCCACACUACGAGGGAUAACUCAGGUCGAUAUGUCGUCAGAUUACCGUUUAAUCAUAAAAUACAUAGACUCGGAGAAUCUUAUUCGUCAGCACUAAGACGAUUGUACUCACUGGAAGCUCGUUUCCAGAAAAAUCAAGAUCUCAAGCGUGAUUAUUCAGGCUUUUUAGCUGAAUAUCUAGAUUUAAAGCACAUGUCUCUGUCAAAAGACCAAGAGAGCACCUCUUCUGGCUUUUACCUUCCUCACCACGCCGUAUUUAAGCACGACAGCUUGACGACGAAACUUCGUGUAGUUUUUGAUGGUUCUGCAAAGACCUCCACUGGUAUCUCCUUAAAUGACACGCUGAUGGUUGGUCCAAAGCUCCAAGAUGACCUAUUUGUCACUCUAACUCGUUACCGCUCUCAUGUCUACGCUCUCACAGCAGACGUGGAGAAAAUGUAUCGUCAGGUUCGUGUUCAUCCUGAUGACGCUAUCUAUCAAAAGAUUCUCUUUCGAGAAAAUCCUCAUGCGCCUACUCUCAUGUACGUGCUCGAUACCGUAACUUACGGAACUGCAAGUGCUUCUUACUUGGCAAUUCGAUCCUUGCAGCAAUUAGCUGAGGACGAAGGCGGUCCUUAUCCACUCGCAUCCAUAGCAUUAAAAAGGGAUUUUUAUGUCGACGAUCUACUCACUGGUGCGAGUACGCUCAUAGAAGCAGAAAGGCUGCGUGAUGAGCUAAUUCAGUUGCUAGAAAAGGCUGGAUUUCAUCUUCGUAAAUGGGCAUCCAAUCACCCCUCUUUAAUAACCAACUAUCCUGAGCAUCCAGACAGCUCUCACCUAUCUCUCGACCUUGAAGCCACGGUAAAAACCCUGGGUACUCAUUGGAACUCUCGCAAUGACACGCUAUUCUACAGCGUAAAUUUAUCCGCAUCUGAAGCUGUCUCGAAGCGAGCUAUUUUAUCGCAAAUUGCUAAAUUAUUUGAUCCUUUGGGUUUACUUGGCCCUGUCAUCGUGUACGCCAAAAUAAUUAUUCAACUCUGCUGGAAGUUGGGCGUAACUUGGGAUGAAUCGGUUCCGUUAGAUAUUCAUAACAUGUGGGUAUCGUAUCGCGAGCAACUACCUUCCCUGGAAGGGUUAAACUUUCCGCGUUGUCAUAUAAUUCCAGAACCAAUUGACAUUCAGCUUCAUGGAUUUUGCGAUGCCAGCGAAAAGGCAUACGGCGCUUGUAUAUACGUGCGAUCCACUGAUCGGCAAGGUAUGGUGCACGUGCGUCUUAUAUGCUCCAAAUCUCGCGUUGUACCGGUCAGUACCGUAAGUUUACCGCAGCUGGAGCUCUGCGGUGCGCUCCUGCUCUCGCGCCUGUGCGCUACGGUGCGGGAGUCUCUUCUACUUAAGAUUAACGAUAUUCAUCUGUGGUCCGAUUCUACUAUCACUUUACACUGGAUAAAUACUUCAUCCCAUCUCCUUAAAACCUUCGUCGCAAACCGAGUCGCUGAAAUUCAGAGACUCACCGGCGCGUGUCACUGGCGGCAUACGCUAUCACAAGAUAACCCCGCAGACUUCGUAUCCCGUGGUCAGCUCCCCUCGGAGUUUCUUCAAAAUCCCAUUUGGUCACAAGGUCCCUCCUGGCUAUUGCUCGAAGCUCAAGCUUGGCCGAGUGGAGUGUUAUCUCCUAUCGAUAUUCCCGAAUUAAAACCCUUGAAGCCCGACCAAGCUAUAUGCAUGAAUCUUACUGUAACAAAUUACUGUCUGUUGGAAAAAUACAGCUCGAUGAGUAAGUUACAACGCGUGGUCGCUUAUGUAAUUAGAUUUAUACAUAAUACCAGAACUAAAUCCCCACGUAAGGGCUCGUUCUUAGGCGGUAUAGAGCUUUCGGAAGCACAUGCUUUGAUUAUGAAGCUCACGCAAUUUUCAGCGUUUGGCAAAGAAAUAAACUGUUUAAAAAGAAAAGAUGGAAUUCCGGAAUCUAGCAAAUUAAUUCCCUUAACGCCAUAUCUUGACGAAGUUGGCAUUCUAAGAGUUGGUGGUCGGCUAAACCAUGCGUCAAUUCCUGAAGAUCAGCGCCAUCCAAUUUUAUUGCCCGCGCAGCAUCAUAUAACUCGACUUAUUAUACGCGAAGAGCAUGUACGUCUUUUGCAUGCCGGUCCGCAAGCCACUCUCUACUCCGUACGCCAAACCUAUUGGCCGCUAGAUGCUCGAAAUGUCACACGAAAGAUAAUACAUAGCUGCAUUUCAUGCUUUCGCGUAAAGCCGCGUUUAGCGGAUCAUAGCACCGGUUGCUUACCAAAAUAUCGCGUGUCUCACUCCUGCCCGUUUUUACGCACUGGAGUCGAUUAUUGUGGUCCGUUGUUUAUAAAAGAAAAGCGAUUUCGAAAUCGCAAUAAGAUAAAAGUGUACGUGGCGAUUUAUGUAUGUCUAUCAACCAAAGCGGUUCAUUUAGAAUUAGUAUGUGACCUCACGACUGAGGCUUUCCUUGCAAGUCUCAAACGCCUGUUUGCCCGAAGAGGAAAGUCUACUGAAAUAUAUUCAGAUAAUGCCACAAAUUUUGUUGGUGCAAAUUGA